AUGACCAAGACAGAUGCCUUCAAACUCGAAAUCGUCACCUUGAAAGACAUCCCCGCAAUCAGCCAGCUAUGGUUCGCAGCCUUUCCCGACAUGGAGGCCCUGUUCCCCAACACACCGGCGAUGCACCAGUGGUGGGAUGAUGCCAACCGUGCCGACAUGAUCCGGAAACCAUUCCAAAGAUAUCUCAAGGUGGUCGACACACACACCCUCGACGAACGAGGCCGACCGCGGCUCGUUGCAUAUGCGAAAUGGGAUCUGUCGAUGCCUGAGGAGCGAGGACCACGCUUUCCACCUUGGCACGAAUCCCAACCUGCGCUGGACUGCGAUACGCUGUUCCAAGGAUUAGAGAGUGAACGUGCUCGUGUAAUGGGCAGUCGAAGACACUAUUAUCUCGAUAUGCUCGCCACACACCCAGAGUAUCGUAGGCGAGGCGCAGGCUCCAUGCUGGUCAAAUGGGGAUGUGAUUUGGCCGAUCGCGAAGGAGUCGGAGCCUAUGUGGAUGCCAGUCAGGCCGGGGUUCCGCUGUAUAAGAAAUUUGGGUUUGUCAGUCGAAGUCAGACGGGGUCGGACAGUUUGAUCCUCUCCAUGGCACGGGACAUUUGA